UUUAAAGCAACAUGUUGACAAAAACAUUUUAUUUUGUUUCAUAUUUAUCUUAAUGCCACACCACUUCUCUCGACGCGACGCAGUGUAGCCGGUUCCUAAUUUUUACGAAGUUCGUACAGGAAAAGAAAAAAAGCGGCUGUGUGCAAUUAUGGCACCUCCAUCAUCCUCAAAACCUCCAGCGGCUCUUGCUCGUGCAGUCGCCAGUAAACGUUUUAAUGGUGAACAUUUCUUACAAAGAUUCUAUAGAAAAUAUGUAAACUUUGAAUUUGUUAAAUACCUUAUCUUUGAUCCGGCUGCUUUGCCCAUUGUUAGCGUUUUUAUUUUGCUGGCUGAAUUGGUUUUGAAUGUUUUGGUUAUAAACCGUGUGCCGUAUACGGAAAUUGAUUGGAAGGCUUAUAUGCAAGAGUGUGAAGGAUUCUUGAAUGGUACCACCAAUUAUGCACAGUUGAAAGGUGAUACUGGACCUUUAGUUUAUCCUGCUGCCUUCGUAUACAUCUAUUCAGGUUUAUACUAUCUAACAUCACAUGGACAAAAUAUACGUUUAGCCCAGUAUGUGUUUGGCUUAAUCUAUCUGCUGCAAAUGUGGCUAGUCUUACGCCUUUAUGCCAAGAGUCGCAAAGUGCCUCCAUAUGUUUUAGUAAUAAGUGCUUUCACAUCUUAUCGCAUACAUUCUAUUUAUGUAUUGCGUCUCUUUAACGAUCCAGUGGCCAUACUAUUUCUUUAUGCUGCUAUCAAUCUAUUUAUGGAUCGUCGCUGGACCUUGGGUAGUAUAUGUUUCAGUUUGGGUGUUGGCUGCAAAAUGAAUAUUUUACUUUUUGCUCCGGCUCUUUUAUUGUUUUACUUAAUUAAUUUGGGUCUUGUAAAAACCAUUGUACAGUUAGCGGUAUGUGGCAUGUUGCAGUUGUUAUUGGGUCUGCCCUUCUUGCUGACCUAUCCCUGGCAGUAUAUUAAGGGAAGUUUUGAUUUGGGUCGUGUAUUUGAACAUAAAUGGACUGUUAACUAUAGAUUCUUGCCUAGGGAAUAUUUUGAAAAUAAAUAUUUCCAUUUAUCACUUUUGGCUUUGCAUCUUUUGCUGUUGUUAGUAUUUGCCAAACCCACUAUAUUGUUCUUUAAGAAUUAUACACGCCUUAGACAAUUGCAAUGCCAGUUCCAACCACAAUUGGAUCAACAAAAUAAGAAAUUAAAAGAAAACAAAAAUAAAAAAGCCAAGAAAUCAACUAAAAUUGAAACAAAACCCGCAGAUGAGCGUGAAGAACAAUUAACAGCUGAACAAGAAGCUUUUCUACACAGUUUUGAAAAGGGUUUACAAAAGUCGACGGGUCUCAAGGGACCCAUUAAGCAGCAGCAACCAGAAAAAUCUGCACAAUUCCAAUCGGACCCCGAUAAAGUAUCAGUACAUUUCGAUCAAUGUACCCAAUUGGCUUUGUUGCCAUUUUUCCUCUGCAAUUUCAUAGGAGUGCUGUGUGCUCGUUCUCUACACUAUCAAUUCUAUGUUUGGUAUUUCCACUCAUUGCCCUAUUUGACCUGGUCUACCAACUACAGUUUAGGUUUACGUUAUCUUAUUUUGGGCCUUAUCGAAUUCUGUUGGAAUACCUAUCCCAGUACCCACUUCUCCAGUUUUGUUUUACAUUUAACACAUUUGAUUUUAUUAUUUGGCGUGGGACGCAAUAUGUUCAAAACUCUAAGUCAAAGUAAUGCCAUACGUAAACAGCAGGAUUUAAAUGAUGUUCAAAAGCAAACUGUUAAUGGUACUACAACGCGUGGUCAAUCUAAAACUAAGAAAAAUUAAAAUUUAUAAUUAUUAUAGAAUUAUUGUUAACAUUUAUGAAAAAAGAAAAAAAAUUGAAAUAAAUUGCAGUAGAGAAUAAAAGACGAAUAAAGUUUUGACUCAAAAUUU